CCGUCCGUCGCGGCGUUUCAUCACCGACAGCUCGUUCUGUUACUCGCCUCAUUCGGAAUUUCGUAUAAUAUGGUUUUAUCGAUGUUUUAAGCACUCACCUUUUCACCUCGUAAACAUUAACAUGACGUGUAAGUGUUAACGGCGGGGAUUGCGAUAAUAAUAACUAAAUUGCAUCGGUUCGUCGACGAUGUUUUGUAUGUGUGGCUUGUUGUCACUCCCAGUGCAAGGAAUUCUCGCCGUCAUAGUGCUGUUGAUGACGUUAGUGUUCUGGAUGUUGUACUUUAAGGACUCUCCUUAUGCACGAAAACAUAGGUCUGACGAUGAAAAAUACUUCAUGGACGAAAAUGCCAGACAAGUGCCGUUCCCCAGUCUGGAGGAUGAAUACUCUUUGGAUUUGUCAAUCAUAGUGCCAGCGUACAACGAACAAGACAGGAUACGGCCUAUGCUCGAAUCAUGCUUACAUUUCUUGACUGAUGUCGGUCGAAAAUGGACGUUUGAAGUGAUUGUUGUUAGUGAUGGGAGUACCGAUGGAACAUGUGAUAUUGUCAUGGAAUAUAUGCAACAAUAUGGUUCUGAUCGUAUACGCCUUUUAAAAUUAUACAAAAAUCGUGGAAAGGGAGGUGCCGUUUGCUUGGGAAUGCAAAGUGCACGUGGACGUAUUUUGUUGUUUGCUGAUGCUGAUGGUGCUACAAAGUUUCAAGAUAUAGAAAAAUUAGAAACAGCAUUACACUUCUUGGCAACAAAUGAUAUUGCUGAAAGUACUAAACCGGUUUAUGCAGUUGUAUGUGGCUCACGUGCCCACUUGGAAACAGAAUCUAAGGCUCAAAGAAGUGUAUUCCGUACUUUCUUGAUGAUGUGCUUUCAUAUGCAUGUCUGGUUAUUUGGAGUACGUACUAUCAAAGACACACAAUGUGGCUUUAAACUAUUCACUCGGCCAGCUGCAAAAAUUUUGUUUAAUAAUUUACAUGUUGAUGGAUGGGCUUUUGAUGUGGAAAUGUUGUACAUAGCUGAAAAGUUGAAAUUUAAAUUAGCAGAAGUACCAGUUCAUUGGACUGAAAUUGAAGGCUCCAAAAUAGUACCUGUUUGGAGUUGGCUGGAAAUGGGUUGUGAUGUAUUAGCAAUAUGGCUUAGAUACCGUACUGGAUCAUGGAAAAUACACAAAUAAAGAAGAAAUAACCUUACAUUUCUACAUCRUUUAUUUUUUUCUCUAAAGUUAUUAGAACAAUAUGUAAAUUGCAUACUUAGUUGUGUGUAAAAAGUUAACAAAUAAUUUAUUAUAAAGAAUUUUCAUAAGACUAUAUAACAAAUAUUUCUUCAUCAGAGUACAAUUGUGAUAAAUGAGAAAAAAUGUAUUAGAGACAUUAAAAGACAUAAAAAACUGAA